UUUGCUAAUCCCAUGUUUAUAUUUCUUUUCUCGGUUUUGACCAUUUCACCUCACUCCCCAACUCUCGCUCCACACUCUCUCUCUCUCUCUCUCUCUCUCUCUAGAAAUGCUCCAUGCUCCGCCCUGCAAAUCACCUCUAACACGAAAUGGGCAGAGCUUCCAAAUGGUUUAGAGGCUUGCUGGGCUUCAAGAAGCCCGACCCGAGCGCCGACCCGACCCAGAAUCCGCCCUCCAAGAAGAGAUGGAGCUUUCCCAAGGCCAAACACCGCCGCCGAUCCCACCACGCCGUCGCUCCGGGCGGCUAUCUCGACGACGACGAGACCAGCAGGCAGGCCAUCGCCGUAGCCGCCGCCACCGCCGCCGUCGCCGAGGCCGCCGUCGCAGCGGCCCAUGCUGCCGCGGCGGUAGCCCAUCUCACGAGCGGCGGCGGCGCGCAUGGUGCCCAAAACGGCGUCGGUUACGGGGGCCGGGAGGAGCGGGCCGCCGUUGUGAUUCAAUCUCAUUUUCGCGCUUAUCUCUCGAGAAGAGCUCUACGGGCGCUGAGGGCGUUGGUUAAGCUCCAAGCGCUGGUGAGAGGUCACAUUUUGCGGAAGCAGAACGUGGACAAGUUGCGACAGCUGCAGGCGCUUGUGCGUGCUCAGGCCAGAGCACGUGCUGGGCGACAUCCCGUCGAGGAAAGCACGAGGUCCUCUCGCUUCAACCACACGGCUCGGGCGCCACAGGAGCAUGCAAUGCUGGCCAGGGGCACCAAACAGUACCACCAGCAUCGCGUUGAGAUGCAGAGGAACAUGUCAAGACCAAACAAGAACCUCGUGUUUGAUCCAGACAAGUCACCCUCGCCCUCGCCCCUGAUCCAUCACUGGAUGGAGAGGAGGAAGGGCGAGAGGGCACAAAUGGAUCAAGGCUCCUUCAUCACCAGGAUCGUCCGUGUGGAUGAAGAGCAGGGCGACAAGGUUCUGGAAGUGGACACGGGAAGACCAAACACGAACACGAACCACCAAACCACGUGGCUGAGUACAACCCUGAGCCCCCUCACAUUAGCCCUAGACGGAAACGGAAGCCCCUUCUACACGGCCAACAACAGCCCGGCCUACUCAUCAAUGGACGGGAGCAUGAGAAGGGCGCUCUUCACGCCCACCAAGAGCUGCCUGAGCAGCAGCUGCACGGAGCAUCCGAGUUACAUGGCUUAUACAGAGUCCUCAAGGGCGAAGGCGAGGUCCGUGAGUGCUCCGAAGCAGAGGCCGCAGUGGGAGAGGUCAAGCUCUCAGUGGGAGAGGUCGAACUCGGUGAAUAGGUAUACCGUGCAGAGGGAUGCCGAUGCAAGGGCGAGCGCACAGAAAAUGCAUGCGAGCCUCUGCACGAGUGCCUACCCGGGGUCGGGCCGUCUGGACCGGCACGGUGUGCCGGUUAGAGACGUCUCAGGGUUCAGUGGUGGCAUUUGGCACAGGUAUUAGGCAUAGUAAGCUAACUAUAUAUAUAUUUUUUUGUCAUGUAAAUUGGAGUUUGGUUUGGUUGGAUGUGUUGAUAAUAAGAGAGAACCAUGUAUUUUGCAAUAUGUCAUCUUGUAUUUUCUUGAUGAUUUUCGAUGGUAAAAUUUCAUGAUAUGUUAUACCAAUUGAUCCUAAA